CUAACGACUAACAUUUGCGUAUCAGAGUAAAGAAGAACAAGAAAAGAAAGAAAAAAAAAUAGUAGAAGUCACAUAAAAGAAAAGAGUAGAAAAAGAGAGGAAAAAUGUACACAUCAGCAGUACCAUAAUUAGAAUCAUCACUAACUAGCCCACAAACAAUUCUUCCUUUACUUUCUUCACAACCUUCUUCCCCACUUUUCCCCUCCUUUUUGCUCCUUCACCCUCCAACUUUCUUCUGCACCACCACCUCAUCUUUGUCUAUAAGGCCCACACACACUCUAGUACCACUACCAAUAUAUAUAUACUUUUAGUUGAACUUGAAUCAUUAUUAUCCCACCAAACAUUCAACAAAAAGUAACAAAAGAGAAGGAGAAAAAAAGUGUCACAAAAGAAGUAGAACAAACCUUAAGAUUAAAGAUGCAAAGGAGUUUAUAUUACUAUGCAAUUUUUCUCUUGCUAAAUCAAAUCCUAUGUUCAGGUUCAAGUAGGACAGAAAAGGAAGCACCAAGACAUGUUAAUGUACCACUAAGAUAUGAAGUGAAACAAGAAUCUAAAACUAUCCAAAAGGAUAUUACAACUCCAAUUACUAUCAUACCAACAAUUUCAACACCUGAACCAUUAUUCAAUCCUAAUUCAAAUCCAGAUACAGUUUCUCCAACUUCAACACUUCCAUAUACAAAUCCAAACCCAUUGAAUACUUCUCCAAUCUCUUCUGGUUCAAGUUGGUGUGUUGCAAGUCCAAGUGCUUCAGAAAUUGAUUUACAAGUUGCAUUGGAUUAUGCUUGUGGAUAUGGUGGUAUUGAUUGUUCAUUGAUUCAACCUGGUGGAAGCUGUUACAAUCCAAAUUUUUUACAUGAUCAUGCUUCUUAUGCUUUUAAUAAGUAUUAUCAUAAGAAUCCUGUUCCAAAUAGCUGCAAUUUUGGUGGAACUGCUGUCAUCACUAGCACUAAUCCAAGCACAGGAACAUGUCAAUAUCCAUCCACAAGUACAAGUUCAUCAAUCUUGAACACGACAAACUCAAGUGGAGCCAAUGUCUUUGGUUCAGUUCCAGUGCCUACCAAUCCCUCUCCCUCUGAGGCCCCUCACAAAUUUACUACCUUUGCACAUUUUUGUAUCAUUCUGUGGAUAAUAUCAUUUCUGGAAAAUUAUUUUUCCAAACUCAUCAAUUUUGAAAAAUAUGGAUAUGAGAGCUACAUUUUGCUCAUUUAAUGGAUUUUUUUGGGACAGUGAAAA